AUGGUAAUCGCAGAAUUGCCCCAAGAUGAUAAUCUGUUUGAGGAUAAUGAAGAGCCAGCUGACUAUAAUUUCUACUGCAGCUGGGAAACUUGGGAAGAGAAUAUGAUUUGCUAUGAUCUGACUGAGCGUGGUUUUGUCCUUCUCGAAGCCCCCUUCGACCACACCCGCCGACAGAAAAACUCCGUCCUCCUAGCAAUUGACCUCACCAAAGCAGUUGCAGACGAAGCAAUUGCCCGUCGCGACUCCGUAGUCGUAGCCUACCACCCUAUCAUCUUUCGCGGCCUCAAAUCCAUCACCUUCAACGACCCCCAACAAUCAUCCCUCCUCCGUCUCGCCCAAGAAGGCAUCAGCGUCUACUCCCCGCACACAGCCAUCGACGCCACCCCCGGCGGCAUGGCCGACUGGCUCUGCGACAUCGUCACCGGCGCCAUCGCCCCAACCACCAGCACAAAGCCCACCAUCCAGAAAUCCUCCUCAACACACUACACUCACGCCACCUUCCCCGACCCCCAGCCCGCAUCCCCCGCGACUCCCGUCCCCCACGUCCGCAACACAAUCAUCCCCUCUCCGCCCCCAGUCCCCGAAGGCAUGGACUCAGCCGGCAUGGGCCGCAUCGUCACCUUCGAAGAGCCCCAGUCUCUCACUGCCGUCGUGGACCGCAUCGCCCAGGGCGUCGGAUACCCCGGCGGUAUUCCCAUCGCUAUUCCGCAGACUGCGUCGGUCGAGGACAUCAAGAUCCGCACGGUGGGUGUAUGUCCCGGCUCCGGAUCGAGUAUCUUACUGAAGGGCACGGGCGGGAAGAUCCCUGAUUUGCUCUUCACGGGCGAGUUGAGUCACCAUGAGGCGUUGGCGGCUGUGGAGCGUGGGUCGGUUGUGGUUGCGCUGGCGCAUUCGAAUACCGAGCGUGGGUAUCUGCGUGCGGUGAUGAGGGAGAAGUUGGCGGGUGCGGUGAAGGAGGAGUGGGAGGCGAAGAGGAAGGAGGGUUUGAAGGGUGGUACUGCUGGUGCGGAGCUGAAGGAGGUGUUUGAGGAUGCGGAGUGUGUGGUGGAUGUUAGUGAGAAGGAUCGUGAUCCGUAUGGUAUUAUGAUUCGUCAGGCGUAGAUCGAGCCAUCGACCUACUACAUACAUCAACUAAAGAUGAAACAGCAUAUACAAUACAAAC